AUGAACCCGACCCCACCUUACGAUGAUAUCUUGGGAGACGAAACGCUAGCUCCGUUAAAGAGGAAUCAUGCUUGUUUGCAGUGUAAGAAGAGGAAAGUGAAAUGUGAUGCGACAAAACCAAGUUGUUCACCAUGCCUUCGAUCACACGCUCAUGCAGUUCGUUCAGCGCAUCGAAACGGUACAGCUCCACCAAUAUUAACGUGUACUUAUGCAGAAGGGGAUUCACCUGAACCUACCAUGCCAGAUGAGAGUGGAAUCAAGAAGAAGAAGAGUAAUGUUAUCGUACCUUCGAGUUUGACUUCUACUUCUGCUGCGAAUAAGAGACAUGCUACAGGACAAGGAAAGAGAGAUAGCAUAGACGAUGAGAAGGAAGCUUUGAAAGCUAGAAUCGCCGAUCUGGAAGCAAGAUUGGCGGGUUUGACCCCUCCAAGCUCUCAUUCAGGCAUUGAACCAUCUUUACCUUUAUCAAACAUCACCACUGAUGGAAAUACGCCAUUCGCAACCUCAAUGCCUCGACUAUCUCGUAACAAUACUUCCCCUGGUCAAUCACAAAGUGAACCUCUCCUGGAAGAGAUCGGUUUUGGACAAAACAACGCUUCUUACGUGAAUCCUACAGUUGGGCUGGGGGACAAUAACAGCGUACCCCUUCCGGAAACAAUAGGAGAUUUCAGUGGACUGGACGACUUCUUUCUGGUGCCAAAGGAUUGGCCAAAAGGUUUACCUCUUCCUUUUUUGCUUGAACAUCUGGUUGAGACAUUCUUCAAUUACGUGCCUCAAACUCCGAGAAUGCUAAAUAGACCCUCAAUACUGGCCAGGAUCAAAUUACCACCUUCAUCACCAGAUUUCCCUUUUACCGGUCUGCUACAUGCCAUCUGUGCGGCAGCUUCAACUUACACAGCCUGGGUCAACAAUCUUGCUCCUCACACAUUGGAAAGCGCUGUACAGCAACAUCUCGCUCUAGGUCUUGACCUAUCCACCAUCGAAGAUUUCGGCUUGUCCCAGGCUCACCUGGGAAAUCGAGCCAUCGACACCACUACGUCAGCUUGUAUGAUGGGGAGUGGACCAGUCGUCUUCCAAUUAGCUCAAACAUGCAUUUUACUCGGAGAUGUAUACUUCCAGAAAGGUUUCCCAAUGAAAGGGUGGAUGUUGGGUGGUCAACCUGCCCGCUUUUUAGCCGUACUCGAAUUGUGUAAUCGGGAGCCAAGGAAAACUUACAAAGUACCCCUUCUUUCUCCCCCUGAGGACGAUUUUCAACGUGAAGAGAGAUUGAUCACGACUUGGAUGGCAUUUGUCGUCGAUGCUGGUUUUGCAAUCAAUAGUAACUGGAUACCGUCAAUGUCACUGAAGGAGACGAGAUGUCACCUACCUACCAGUGCAGAGGAUUGGGCAAAGGGGAAUGGAAUGAGGAAAAACCCUCAACACGCUGGAUCUGCAGAUCUGUAUUACUCCCAUCCCGUCGAAGAUUCGUUUGUCUUCGUUAUUAAAGGUAGUACCCUUAUGGCUCAAGUCGCUCAAUGGCUGAGAGAAUGGCAACAAAGAGAAAGAAAGCCAGGUGAUGAGCUAUCCGGACCUCAAACUGAGUCGUUUCAAACCAUCGCACUCAACAUUGAAGCUUUCAGUACGAGUCUCCCCGCGGCUCUGAAACACAUUUUCCGAUUCCCCGAUUCUAGAACAACAGGCUUCGAUGCCAAUCUGCUUUCUAUUCAUCUCAUCCCUAACAUCGGGACCUGUCUGUUAUAUGAACCUUUCCUUCUCUGGCAACCUUAUGAUCCUGCUACUAUCACCAUUCAAAGAGCUUACGAUUCGAUCAUGACCGUCUUACAUCUUAUCCCAAGUAAUCUAGAUAUCACUUUAGUUUUGACUCCAUUUUUAGCUUUAUCGCUGUUCACCGUUGGGAGGUUUGUAGCAGAUUUCAUCAAGCAUGCCGACAGUACAGGACAAGCACAAACGGCACUUAGGUAUCGAGCAGAUUUGAUGACUCUGAUCAACCUCCUUGAUCGAUAUGGUCAAAGGCAUCCGUUAGGAUUCGCGAUGGUACAUUUCCUAGAGCAAUAUAUGACCGGUUUCAAGCCAGAAGAUGGUUCGGGAGACUCAGAAGACCCCAAAUGUCAAUUCAGUACUGCCAGGAUCACCUAUCCAACAUCUGAUGGGCAGAAUCCCGAAACACGAUAUCUCAACAAGCUAAGCGCUCACAUGGAUGCGUGUGUCCAUGAUGUCGGUAAGAAGACUGUACCAAUCAACGCUUAUGACAAUAUCAAGUAUGAUCUUUCGCCAGAUGAUUCAAAUUCAUUAUCGAAUGGAAAUGGGGUUUUCAGUAAUGCCAACAAUAAUAUCACAUCUAUACCGAAUUCAAGUUAUGGUUCAAGAUCAAAUUCAAUAGUUGGAAUUAGUCCGAAUGGAAUUACACCUACAUUAUCAAACAACGCUGUUUCAUCUUGUUCUAAUCAACCUACCCCCGAAAGCAUAAAUAGCUGUAAUAUGGAAUGUCCUUCUAUUUCACAGCUUGAUAACAUCAACAUCGUCAAUAGCACAUCUUAUGGGAUGGAUUUGCAGCAGCAACAACAACAUCAGGAACAAGCCCAAUCCCAAUCCCAAUCCCAAUCGCAAACGCAAAAUCAUCUUGAUGAAGCUACAUGGGCAACAUUUGACCAAUGGAGUAGAAACAGUUUAUAUAGUAAUCCUAAACAACAUGGAACUCAAGUACCUAUAAUGAACUUUUUAGGUAAUUUAGAUACAUCAAGUGCGAAUAUCUCUAUCCCAGUACCCACCUCAUCCGUAGAUAGACAGCACGAUUUCAACCCGAACACGAAUGCUCAAAUUACAGAUAAUAUCGAAAACUUGAAUUGGAAAAAUAACCUCUUCAUGAUCAAUGAUGAUUGA